AUGAAAUCAAGGCAAUGGUGCUUUAUAUACCUGUACAUACUCGUGUUUUCCACGUUGAUACAGGAAAACAGUUCUAAAAUAGUUAGAAUAGGUUGCCUGAUCGCUGGAAACAGAGACUCACAGCUGUCAGGUCUGAAACUAGCUGUGGAGUAUGUCAACACGAGGCAACUCCUUGGUCCUGGAACAACACUGGAAUACAUAUGUAAUAGAACGCAAUCAAAAAACACAUUCGAGAUAUUACAGCUAGGUUGCUACCAGAGUGAGUUGGGAGUAAUGGCAUUUAUUGGGCUAGCAGGCUCAGGGGCACAUAAAGCAUUGUCUCCACUUUCAGAAGCGCUACACAUACCCCAGAUAGCACCAACUGCUACAAACCCUAUGUUAGCAAGUAAAGAUAACUUUCCAUACUUAGUACGAUUGUCAGCCCCGGAUUCUGUCCAGAGUCAGGCCAUUGUAAGCCUUGUACAUCACUUUGGUUGGGAACAAGUAGCUAUUCUUACAUCUAACACAGACUAUGGAAUUCAUGGACUGUUGCAAUUUCAAUCCGAGGCUGCCAGAAGAGCUAGGAAGGUUAUCAGUGUACAACAGUUUGUGGUCACCAAUGAUGUCACACUUAACGCCACUCAUGAACUCAAUGUUAUUAAAGAGGCAGGUGUGCGGAUCAUCCUCCUGAACUGUGAGUUGCCCCACGCCAAAGUUGUUCUCCAACAGGCCAAGGAGGCAAACAUGACGGGAGCUGGAUGGGCUUGGAUUGCCACAGACGGGAUCACUGGAUCGAGUGAUCUGUCCACGAAUCCUGUCUCAGACCAAUACCUGGGCAUUCUCGGGACAAAGCCUGCUGUGGGUCGUGGCUCCCUCUACGACUACUUCUACUCCGAGUGGAAGGCUCUUGAUCCCGUACAAUAUCCAGGGGCAGGACCUGGGUCGGAACUAAGUGCAUACAGUGGGUUGAUUGUUGAUGCCGUGUUAGCGUUAAGCUACGCCGUACAAAGUAUGUACAGCGAACCCGCAAACGCCGGGGUGGCCCAAACGUCUGUUAAGUGCCACGCCAACCAGGUUUGGAAUGAUGGAAGUACUAUGUUACGUCAUAUAUCCAACAUUGAUGGUGACGGUGUCAAUAACAGAAUCGACUUCAAACAGUCGAGAAUUGAACCGGAGAUGCCAGUGUUUGAUAUUGUCAACUUGAAAGAGGAUGGGUGGCAUAAGGUGGGCAGUUGGGACAGUGUCAAUAGGUUGAAAUUUACAAAUAGAGCAGAUAUAACUUUCCAUGGCAACAAACACACCGUCACUGAUUACGUCAGUGACCUUGCCAAUAAACAUUUAAUAAUUGUUACUUUAGAAGAGGCCCCAUUUGUUAUGUUUACCAGGAAGCCAGAAGAUCCAAACAACAUACAAGAUGAUGAAAUUGAAGGGUUUUGUAUAGAUUUUUUGAAGAACCUUUCAUCAAGGAUAGGCUUUACUUACACGCUGAAGAGGUCACCAGAUGGUAACUGGGGUGCUAAGGAUGAUGUCACAAGAAAAUGGAAUGGAAUGGCCAGAGAGCUUGUAGACAGGAAAGCUGACAUGGUUGUUGCCUCAUAUACAAUCACCAAGAUCAGAGAGAGGGAUUUCGACUUCACCACGCCCUAUAUGGACCUUGGGUUAAAGUUUCUCAUGAAGGAAGAGAGGACUGAGGUUCCUGAACCAUUCAAGUUCCUAGACCCCUUUAGCACCGAGGUGUACCUCUAUGUGAUCCUAACCACAGUCUUUGUCAGCAUAUAUACCUCAUUACUCAACAAGCUUAGCCCGUAUGAUCAUCACGGUGGCUUUGUAUACGACAACGACCCACCACCAAGGAAAAUAUGUGAUAUAAAAACUCACGAAAAAAGAAAAUGUCGUGCAAUUGGAGCUCAUGACUUUAAGAAUGCCUUAUGGUUUAGCAUAACAUCCCUGCUACUUCAAGGUGGUGAAAAUCAACCCCGUUGCCUUGCUGCGCGUGUAACCAUUGCAAUGUGGUGGACUGGGAUAUUGGUCAUAGCCAAAACAUAUACGGCCAACUUAGCAGCGUUCCAAACAGCAAGUAGACUAGACACUAGCAUCAGCUCUAUCGAGGGUCUUGGUUCACAAACUAAAAUCAUAUACGGAACCAAUGAAUUCGCAGCCCCAUAUGAAUUCUUCAUGAUCAGUAAGAUAACACUCUACCAGGAUAUGAUGUACUUCAUGGAACAAAAUGGAGAAUUUGUAAAGAACACAGUGGAGGGUGUGAAAAGAGUUCGUCAAGGUAACUAUGCAUUUAUUUGGGAUGACGUCGUCUUGGAUUUCAUAGCACAAAGCGAACCAUGCAACACAGUCAAAACAGUUGGCAGAAGGUUUGGCAAAAUUAGCUUUGGUUUUGGUUUACAGAAGCGCUCUCCUUAUAAGCAUGAACUAUCGUCUCAUAUUAUGCAACUACGAGAGAUAGGUUACAUUGAUGAAAUAAAGAAGAAAUGGUGGAUGGACCGUAGCGACUGUAAACACGCAGAAGCAUCAGUUGACACAUCUGAAGAAGUAGCAGCUACUGGUGGACAAUUGGGGAUAUCUCACAUGUUAGGAGUUUUCUACAUAAUUUACGGAGGUCUUGCCACCAGUGUUGUUGUCAUGGUGUUGGAAUGGAUCGUUGCUUCAACAAGUACAAGGAAUAUUGGUCCUACUAAAAUGCAAAAGCAAACCCCCCAUACUUUCAAAAAUGCACUCAAACUAAGACUUGGAUUGUUAUAUCAAGAUAUAAGAGAUGAUUGGUUACCUACUAUUCCAUAUUUCUGGAGACGACGUGACAAACAUAAACCGUCGGCACGAGAAGAGCUUGGUGACAAUCAAGCUUCAAUUUCAUCACUUAGCACCAUGAUACCUCCAAUAGCAGUACCAGGCUCAACAAAGACAUUUAAACUGGUACUACUCCGAGCACUUAAGUCUACUCAUACUCAUAUGCACAAAUCAAAUAAAAGAUAUUUAAACAUUACAACUGGACCUGGUACUAGUGGAAUUGAUACCAGUGCUAAUUUUACAGUAUUUAAUGAUCCACUAAGUGGCUUAGAUAAUUCAGAUGCCACUGGUGAUGUGUCUCCGUGGAGACCGGGGACUAAUACAUCAAAUAUACAAAUUGAUAAAAGCAACUGGUUCCUGAGACAAACCCCAAAUUAUUUUAAUGAUGGUGCUAAUCAUAUAUGAGGUAUAAAAAUGGCAAGUCAUUCGUUUUUGAGUUCAUGUUUCCUCAUACGGAAUUACACAAUUAUAAAAAUAUGACCAAUGAAUAAAAUAUAUUUUUCAUGAACGUCUUUCGAAUAGUCAGUCAUAGCUUGAUGUUUUCUAUGAUGUAUAAUGCACUGUACUACUACGGUACUGCGCUAUAUACUGUACUAUACUGUACUGUAAUAUAAUAUACAAGUAGUGUAAUGUAAUGUACAAUCAAUGUAAAGUAAUUCUUUUAUUAUAAUUAUUAUGUAAUAAUAUUAUGUAAUCAAUAAAACUUAUUUGCUUUAUUUAAUUUAUUGACCGUAUGCCUGAAUCUACCACAUAAAAAAGCGUUCAAAAUUACUUGUCAAUAGAAUAUCACCUAUCUAGCUUGUUUGCCAACUAAAAUUCAAGAAGUAUUCAUCAAUUUUAGCGGUAUUCAUAAAAAGUAUCGAAACACAUUUUGUUCUUAAAAACGCUUUUGAAUUUAAUUAUCUAUUCUGAGAAAUUAAUAUAUCAUUAGAAAGGAGAACUUGGAAAGGAUAUGAAUGAAAUAAUAAUUUUGAGUUGUUACAACGCUGAUGAAAAACUGUACUGCUUACAUGAACAGUGGGUAAUAGACGGACGCCCAGUCAAUUAAAUAGAGUCAUAGAACAUGUACAGAUGCUCAUUAAUGGAAAGAUGCUAAAAAAUAAAACAAAUAACACCUCACUUGAUAGGAAGGGACAUGAAAAUGUCAUAGCUGUACAAAAAAAAAAAACUACUAUAUUUGAAAAUCCAAGAGUUUA